AGUCCGUCAUGGAGCUGCUGGAAGUGGAGUCGAGCGUCGUCGUGUUCACCGCGCUCGCCCUCCUGCUGGCCGCCGCCGUCCUCCUCCGCCGCAGGAGAGAGGAGGCCGCCGCCUCGGUCGGCUCCCCAGCGGCCGCCUGCGCACACGACGAGCCUUCGUCCAGACGUUUGGCGGCUCCGCGACAGGCUGUCCCACAACCAGAAGCGGUUUCAGUAGAUCCAGAACCUGGCCAAGAGUCUAAAUCUUGUACCGGAACAGCCUCUGCACCAGAAGACAACCUUGUUGCACCAAUUUGUGGAUCAGAACCUGUUUCAGAAUCACCGUCUGUUCCGGAAGCAGUUUCAGUGCCAGAGCCUCUUUUAGAACCAUCAAUGAGACCAAUAAUUUCUGAGCUUUUUCCCAACACCGUCAAUGAAUUGUGCUUUGUUAAGGACACGCUUUCUUUAGCAUUGACUUCUGGUCCAGAAACUGCCCCUCAGCCAGAAGCCAUUGCAAAAAAAAACCCAGUUCCAGUGCAAGAAAAUAACCAUCAGCUAGAACCUGUACUUGAACCACUUUCAACACCAGAACCAGUUCCAGAAACCAUUCCUCAGGUGGAGCCUGUACAUGAAACACUUGUAGCACCAGAACCAGUUUCCAAAACUGUUCCUCAGCUGGAGCCUGUACAUGAAACACUUGUAGCACCAGAACCAUUUCCAGAAACUAUUCCUGUGCCAGAACCUGUACAUGAAACACUUGUAGCACCAGAAGCAGUUCCAGAAACACUUAUCCAGCUAGAAUCUGCCAUAGAAAAAUGUUAUGCUCUGGAACAGGUCUCUAAACCUGUAGAACCUGUACUGGAACAACUUUCAGAAACAGAACCCACCUCUGAACAAGAACUGGAAGCAGUAGUACUGGUUUCUGAACCAUUAUCAGUAGCACAGGUCAUUCCAGAAGAGUCGUCGUCUUCAAAGCCAGUUUCAGACCUACAACCAGUUGUCCAGUCAGAAUCAGAACCUAAAGAAUUUUUACAGGUGGUGGCUGAACGGCUUUUUGGACCCGUGGAUGAAUCGGUGUUCGCACCACUCCCCAGAUCCGACCAGGAGAAGCCACCGACUCGCGAACCUGUCGCUGAGCAAGCAGCUGACGACGCUGUGCCACAAGCAGAUCUGCAACCGGAACCAGAACCUAAUGGUGCAGCAGUAGAAGAUGACAAAGUGACAUUCACGCCCGGAAAGAAAGCCUUGAAGUUUGAGACGCUAAUGACCAAGGAGGAAUUGGAGGAGGAGCAAAGGGUGCAACAGGAGCAGUUGGCGGCUAUCUUCUUGCUCCUGAGGGAGAACGCGGAGGCUCUGGGUGAGGUGACGGAGGGCGACAUGGAGGAGCAGCUCAAGCUCUACUCGCUCUGACCAUGGCAACCACGUUGUAAAAGUCCGUAAGCCUCCAUGCUAUCGGAAACCACGUGAUGUUGUCCAUUCUGUUGUUUUGGUGGCUGCGCGGCUGUAGGACCACCGAUGGGUUUGAUUCCGCUCAACCUUUUUGGCCUCCUUGUUUGCAAAGUAGAAUAGAAGGGAACAGUUCUUUCAUUUGUACUAAAGUCAUUGGGGACAAAAAAACAACACUUUCUGGGCUCUUCUUCUACAAAACAAUCCAAACCUGAUUUGUAUGCCGACAAAGUCAUAGCCUGUGUUCCAAAUUCCUCCGUGUACACUUUAUAUAGAGUGCUGGCCAAUUUGUAGUGCAUCUGGAAUGUGUAGUGAGUAUGGGUUGCCGCUAUACAAUGCCCUCCAUGUAUCCCGCGAUGCAGUGGAAAGUAUUUAACAGCGAUGCUACUAAAAAUUCAAAUAGUCGUCCCUCGCCAUAUCACAGUUCACUUUUUGUGGUCUCACUGUAUUUUGUAGUACAUUGCGGAAUUUGAUCAUUUUUCCACACGGACUGAUUUUUAAAUAAUUGAUUAACAAUUCUUGGUGGAAAACAAGUAUUUGGUCACCAACAAAAAAAUAAUCAAGAUUUCUGGCUCUCACAGACCUGUAACAACUUCUUUAGGAGGCUCCUCUGUCCUCCACUCGUUACCUGUAUUAAUGGCACCUGUUUGAACCCGUUAUUCAACCCAAUUCCAAUGAAGUUGGGACGUUGUUUUAAACAUAAAUAAAAACAGAAUACAAUGAUUUGCAAAUCAUGUUCAACCUAUAUUUAAUUGAAUACACUACAAAGACAAGAUAUUAAAUGUUCAAACUGAUAAACUUUGUUUUUAGCAAAUAAUCAUCAACUCGUAUAUUCAAUUACAUAUAGGUUGAACAUGAUUUGUAAAUCAUUGUGUUCUGUUUUAUUUAUGUUUAACAAAAUGUCCCAACUACAUUGGAAUUGGGGUUGUAGGUAUAAAAGACACCUGUCCACAACCUCAAACAGUCACACUCCAAACUCCACUAUGGCCAAGACCGAAGAGCUGUCAAAGGACACCAGAAACAAAAUUGUAGACCUGCACCAGGCUGGGAAGACUGAAUCUGCAAUAGGUAAGCAGCUUGGUGUGAAGAAAUCAACUGUGGGAGCAAUUGUUAGAAAAUGGAAGACAUACAAGAUCACCAAUAAUCUCCCUCAAUCUGGGGCUCCAUGCAAGAGCUCAACCCCGUGGGCUCAAAAUGAUCACAAGAAUGGUGAGCAAGAAUCCCAGAACCACACGGGGGGACCUCGUGAAUGACCUGCAGAGAGCUGGGACCAAAGUAACAAAGGCUACCAUCAGUAACACACUACGCCACCAGGGACUCAAAUCCUGCAGUGCUAGAUGUGUCCCCCUGCUUAAACCAGUACGUGUCCAGGCCCGUCUGAAGUUUGCUGGAGAGCAUUUGAAUGAUCCAGAAGAGGACUGGGAGAAUGUCAUAUGGUCAGAUGAAACCAAAAUACAACUUUUUGGUAAAAACUCAACCCACCGUCUUUCAGCAUGACAAUGAUCCCCAACACACCGCCCUGGCAACGAAGGAGUGGCUUCGUAAGAAGUAUUUCAAGGUCCUCGAGUGGCCUCGCCAGUCUCCAGAUCUCAACCCCAUAGAAAAUCUUUGGAGGGAGUUGAAAGUCUGUGUUGCGCAGCGACAGCCCCAAAACAUCACUGCUCUAGAGGAGAUCUGCAUGGAAGAAUGGGCCAAAAUACCAGCAACAGUGUGUGAAAACCUUGUGAAAUCAACAAAUGGGUAUAUAACAAAGUAUUGAGAUUAACUUUUGUUAUUGACCAAAUACUUAUUUUCCACCAUAAUUUGCUAAUAAAUUCUGUAAAAAUCAGUGAUUUUCUGGAUUUUUUUUCUCUCAUUUUGUCUCUCACAGGUGUUACAGGCCUCUCAUCUUUAUAAGUGGGAGAACUUGCACAAUUGAUGGCUGACUAAAUACUCAGCCCCCCCCCUGUACAUAACACCAUCAAUUUAACAUUUUAGCCUCAUCACUUGAUCUGACACUCUUUUCACAGCAGACAUUCUUAGCGAACUCUUCAACAGUAACCCCUACUCAAUUUCUCUUCCCUGCCUCACUAUGGUAAAAUGAUUUGAACCCUGCCCCUAAACAUCUAGCCUUAUUGCCUUUCCUCCUGCUCUCCUGGACACACAAUAUAUCAACCUUUCUCCUAAUCAUCAUGCCAACCAACGCCUGAGCUUUUCCUGUCAUAGUCCCAACAUUCAAAGUCCGCACUUUCAGUACUAGGCUCUGUGCUUUCCUCUUCUCUGGCAAAGAAGCCACUUUCCACUUCUCCUUCGUCUGCGACCCACAGUAGCUGAAUUUCUACCGGCGCCCUGUAGGUUAACGGUGCCGGUGGCGGACAUUGUUAACCCGAGCAACGACUGAUCCGGUAUGGAAUUCUUUGGAUGAAGGCUCAUAUUUGGCAAAGUUGUAAGCCUGAUACCCUUCCUGACACAACCCUCUGCAUUUAUCCGGGCUUGGGACCGGCCUACAGUUUGCACUGGCUUGUGCCCCCCAUAGGGCUGCAUUACUAAUUGCACUCGAGGAGUCUUCCAAAACUAUUUUUUUAAAUUUUGACUCAUGAAUUUCUUUUCUCCAAGAUCUAAAAAUCCGUCGAUCGUGAAUGAUGAAUGAUGCAGGUCCUUCCCCAGACGGCAAAAAGUAUUUUUAGUGAGAUUGCAAUUGUACAACACUCCCACCUCUGGUGCCUUCGGAAACACUCAGUAACAUUAGCGUAACAUACCCGCUAGGGUUUCAUCUUCUUGGCUUUUGCUAGAUCAUGUGUGAUCACAUGAGAGCUCUGUCUUUGAGGACUGGAUUCGAGAUUGGUGGUGGAACAGAAUCUUUGUGUCUGGUGUUCCAUGUUGAGAUUAUCAGAGCACACCACACACGGUGCAAGCAAAAUUGUUAAAUGCCUGAUUUUUUAUCUUCAUGUGUGGGCUCUAUAAGAAACGAAUAAAUACAUUUGUUAAGGUGUAUAAAAUCCCUGUGUGCGCACCAGGCCUAACCCAGUCAUUCAAGAGAUUUUUAGUGGGAACUAUCUUGGCCCACUAUGUAAAAUCCCUAAACUGUAUAGCAGGAAGGGAAUGAGUGAUGCUUGUGACCACACAACCAAAUUUGAAAAAGGAACACAUCCAAACCCAGUUUCAAUGUGCACAUUUGGCUUCAGGCGUUCAAAAAGUGGAGAGCAAUAACUUUCAGAUGGGACAUUUAUUGAUUUAUUUCCAUAACUAUGAUAAAAAGAACAUAAAAAGCACCAGCGGUGUCAGAUUGUGCUGAAUGACAAAGGGAAGGGGCGGAGCGCAAAAGCAGCACAGUCUUUUUCAACCAAUCACAACACAAGAAGGGAUUCACGAAAGAAUGCGGCGGGCAGUUAAAGGACGUCGCUUUCGGCCGUGUGAAGCAGCGAGUCGUCAGCGUCCGUCAUCACGCUGCUGUCCUGACUGUCGUCCGCCUCCACCACGGCUGAAACGGAGGCACAAUUUGACCAUGAUGGUGUCAUGACAAUCGCAAUAACGAUGACGUCACAAUCACAAUGUUGACCAUGACAAUGAUGUCAUCACAAUCACGAUGACAUAAUGACGCCUGAUGUGCGUGUGUACCUUCGUCCUCAGGCAAGUAUCUUUUAUCAAUGGCUUCUUUGAUCUGGUUGUUUGCUCCUUUGGGGUCCAGAUCCAUGGCCCAGCUGAAGUUCAUGAGUGCCAGAUGAGUCUGACCCAGUUUCUUGUACACCUUACACACACAAAUGCACACAAAUGACUUGGACACGGUCUUGUGAAUGAAUGGCUGAAGACCAGGGUCCGACGUUAAGCCUUUUUGCGUGGUGGCCCUGUCAGAACUUGUUCUGGCCCCGUAUAUUCAUGAUAAAAUGUUUUAAGUGUUAAUUUCGCAUAUAGCAUAUUUAUACUGUAUUAUUUAAGCGCUUUUAACAAAUUAUUAGUACAAUCGCAUUCAUGGCGUUGACUGAACGAACCUGACUAAAAUUAAGACAACGCAAUUGCAAAAAUAAUAAUGCUUCAAAGAAUUACAAAUGUAUUAAAAUAUUUACUGACUUUCCAACAAUAUCUUGUGUGCAGACUACAUUAUAUAUUAAUAUAUAUGUACAUACAUAUUAUAAAAUAUUGGCCGGAUGGUGGGAGGCUAAGUUUAGGGGAGCAUUGUGCGUGUGUUAUGAUUUUGAUUUACUUUUAUUUAUUAUUUUGUCUAUUGUUGAUUGUCUAUGUGUUGAAAGGACCCUCUUGAAAAUGUGUUGUACUAUCCUUGAAAUAAAUACUGGUACAUAAAUAA